AUGGCACCAGAGAAGAGGUCUCAUGACGACUAUAGUGUCGGAUGGAUAUGCGCUUUACCAAAGGAACAGACGGCUGCGACGGCCAUGCUAGACGAGAGACAUCCAGAUCUAUCAAAGCCUAUGAAUGACACAAACACCUACACGCUCGGCUCAAUCGGGUCGCACAAUGUUGUUAUAGCUUGCUUGCCUAAAGGGCAAUAUGGUAACAAUUCUGCGGCGAAUGUCGCGACACUCAUGAUUAGAGCAUUUCCUUCUAUUAAGGUCGGUCUUUUGGUUGGCAUUGGUGGAGGUGUACCGAUGAAAGUGAGGCUUGGCGAUGUUGUCGUCAGUACUCCAAGCGGCCAAUAUCCCGGAGUCGUCCAGUGGGAUCUUGGUAAAGCGACAGAGGGUGAGACGGAACAUGAGCUGGAGGGCUCGAAGAUCCCCAGCUUCUUGGAAGAGCUCAAGGAGAAGUAUCCAAGAUUGGCGAAGAAGUACUUGAAAUCCAAUUCACUUCAAGAUCUGCUUUUUAGAGCAGAUUAUGCCCAUGUCCACGGGCCGUUAAUGAACACGCUGGGUGCCACUGGUGGAAAUGUCGAACCGUCACCGGAUGAAGACGAUGGAGUUCAUCAUGGACUCAUCGCGUCUGGAAAUAAAGUAAUCAAGGAUGGCUUACUUCGAGACCAAGUGAAUAAAUCGCUUGGGGGAGACGUGCUCUGUUUUGAGAUGGAAGCAGCUGGGUUGAUGAACAAUUUCCCUUGCUUAGUGAUUCGGGGCAUCUGUGACUACUGCGAUUCGCAUAAGAACAAAGCCUGGCAAGAACAUGCUGCGGCGGUGGCAGCGGCAUUUGCUAAAGAGGUGCUCGGUUGUAUUCAACAUACCGAUGUCAAGAAUGAACAACUCAUCAGCGACGCGAUGAACGAGGUGAAGCAAGACAUUCGGCUUGUACAUGAGGUAGCCAUAAAAACGAAAAAUCAUUUGGAUACUCUUCUUGAUGGUAUGGUUGAACUACUCCCCCAUACCUUUCAGAUGAAUGCUUAUGCUAAGAGGUGCGAAGAUAAUGCACUCAAGAAGCAAACAGAAACUCUCGCUUGGCUAAGCCCUCUGGAAUUUCCUCCACUGCAGCAUGAAUAUCUUAGAAAAUGCGCACCUGAUACUGGCCAUGAGUUUGUAAAGUCAGACGAGGUUCAAAGUUGGAUGUCAACAAGCAAUCAAACCUUGUUUUGUCAAGGCGUUCCGGGAGCGGGAAAAACCUUCCAAAUGGCAAUCCUAGUCAACAACCUGAUGGAAAAAUUUCGAAGUGAUGACACAGUUGGUGUCGCCUACUUAUACUACAACUUCAAGAAGCAGCAAACCCAGAAAGCAGAGCAUAUGCUCGCAAAUAUUAUUAAACAACUCGCCCAGAUUUCAAGACCUUUUCCCGAAUCAGUGCACCAACUGCGCGAACGACAUAGCCCCACGAGAACUCGCCCAUUCCUCGGAGAACUUUCCGACACCCUCACAGUGGUUAUCCAAUCUUUUUCACGGGUAUUUAUUCUCAUUGAUGCUCUCGAUGAAGGGGAUGAUUGUGAACGUACGAACUUUUUGGGCCAGAUGUUUGCCGUGCAAGAAAAGUCUGGGUUCAACAUAUUCGCAACAUCUCGAACUAUCAACACUAUUACGGCUAAGUUUGAAGGAUCUCUGUCUAGGAAUAUUUCACCAUCUCGUCAUGAUAUUUUCCAAUUCCUCGAGACACGCAUGUCGGAGCUACCAUUAUUCGUAGCAGGCGAUAUAAUUCUUCAAGAUGAGAUCAAGGCGUCUGUUGAAUCAGCUAUCGGAGGAAUGUUCCUUCUUGCCCAACUGUACAUCAAUUCUCUGAUGGGCAAAAGAUCCCCGGCAGCACUCCAAGUAGCGCUCAAAGACAUACGCCGGGCUUCAUCAUCAUCGGAUAAAUCAAGAGUAUUAGAAGAGGCGUAUGAUAAGUCCAUGGAGCGAAUACAGCAGCUGAAAGGAGAUUUGCCCUGUGACGGAUUACUGAUACUUUCUUGGAUUGUCAAAGCGAAAAGACAGAUGAAAUUAGCAGAGUUACAAGAGGCUCUUGCUGUUGAAUUGGGUUCAUCUGAACUGAAUAGCGACAACAUCCCAACUGUUGAGCAUAUAACAGAGGCUUGCGCUUCCUUGGUAGUAAUCGAGGGAGAUACCCUUGAGCUCGUACACUACACAGCUCAGGAAUACUUCGAGCACCCAAACAACAAGUGGAUGCAAAAAGCCCAUGAAAACAUAAUGCAAAUAUGCAUGGCGUAUCUCUCUUUGUCAAUUUUCGGAGAUAAACCAUGUCUAUCACAGAAGAGCCUGAAUAAGCGAAUCGAAAACAAUCCUAUGUACAACUACACAGCUACGUACUGGGCGUAUCAUACAAACGAAGCUUUAAACCAAGAUUUGGAAGUUUCAAGGGCAAUUGAAUUUCUUGAAAAUGGCCAGAUUCGAGGAUCAUGGUAUCAAGACCUACUAUAUAGCCACUUUCGUUUCGAGCCUGAUUUUAUUCCGGCUCAGUUAACUGCGCUACACGUCGCAGCUUUCUUCGGCCUACAUGACGAUGUCGUCUCAAGGCUAAUCGAGGAAGGGCACAGUCCGAACGCUAAAGAUUCGCUAUCACGAAUGCCGAUAUGGUGGGCUGCAUGGAAUGGACAUGAUAGAGUCAUACAGCUUUUAAUUGAAGUAACUACAGACCUGGAAACGAAAGAUGUGGAGUAUGGCUCGACGCCGCUACACAUAGCUGCUCUGCUAGGUUAUGAGAGGAUCGCUGAAUUACUCCUUCAAAAAUAUUCGAUAAAUUCUACAUCUCUGAAAGGCUGGACGCCAUUGAGCCUGGCCCUCCACCACGGACAUAAAAUCCUUGCUGAGUUGUUCGUUGAAAAGGGAGCAAAUAUCGAAGCUACAGGCAGCUCUUGGCAAACACCACUGGCUAUAGCCGCAAUUGAGGGGCACUUAGACGCUGUUAAAUGGCUGGUUGAGAAAGGGGCUAAUAUUGAAGCACGGGACGAUAAUCAGCAGACGCCGUUAAUGUUAGCUACCAUAGGAAAGCAUGACAAUGUUGUCAAAUAUUUUGUUGAGAAAGGAGCCAACAUGGAAGCUAUGGAUAACAAGAACGAGACGCCAUUUACCAUAUCUCUUCAAGGAAGCCUCAAGAGCGCUACGAAACUCUUCAUCCGGAAAGGAGUGGAUAUAAAUACGACCAUGUCAAAUAAGCAUACGCCAUUAACUUUGGCCAUCAACAACACAGAUGAUGAUAUCGUUAAAUUAUUGAUUGAGAGAGGGGCCAACUUGGACGGUCUGGAUGAACAUGGCAAAACUCCAUUGAUCACAGCUAUCGACAAAGGAAAUGAGGAUAUGAUUGAACUACUGAUUGAGAAAGGGGCUGACUUGGAGGUUAAAGGAUGCUCAACUGGUGAUACGCCGCUGAUAUUUGCCACGAAGCAAAACUGCUUGAAUUUCGCCAAACUGCUUAUUGAGAAAGGGGCCAAUUUGGAGGCGCAAGAUGAUGAACUUGCGGCGACUGCAGUGAGCCAUGCCUCUGGACACGGGUUUACAGAAAUUAUCCAACUGCUUCUCGAUAAUAAUACCAAUAUCGAGACAAAAGAUAAUGACGGUGAUACGCCAUUAUGUGUUGCUGCUUGUUAUGGGCAAACUGCAGCAAUCCAACUACUUCUCGAAAAUAAUGCCAACAUCGAGACAAAAAACAUUACCGGUGAUACGCCAUUAAGUCUUGCUGCUUACAGGGGGCACACUGCAGCAAUCCAAUUGUUUCUCGAAAAUAAUGCCAACAUCGAGACAAAAGACAUUACCGGUGAAACGCCAUUAAGUCUUGCUGCUCACUGGGGGCACACUGCAGUAAUCCAACUGCUUCUCGAUAAUAAUGCCAACAUCGAGACAAAAGACAAGGACGGUUAUACACCAUUAGGUAUUGCUGCUUAUUAUGGGCAAACUGCAGCAAUCCAACUGCUUCUCGAUUAUAAUGCUGAUAUUAAUGCUAAGAACAACGACAAGUUCACUCCAUUGUGGAUAGCCGUUGGUUUCGGCAAUAGUUCGGGAACCAGAGUACUUCUCGAGCAUGGAGCCGAUACAGAUCUUCCAUAUAAAGAUACAUUGAUGCAUUCAGCAGUCCAAAAGAAGAAAUUUGAGACAGUUCUCGUUUUACUUGACUUCGAAGAUGUUCAAGUUGACAAAAAAGAUAGUGUCGGUCGCACGCCAUUGUCAUACGCGGUGGAAAAGGGGGGGAAAUCCAUAGUGAAAGCACUACUAGACUCUGGGAAGGUUGAUAUCAAUUCGAAAGAUCAUCAGGGCAGAAAACCGGUUUGGUAUGCUACUAAAACUAAGAAUCAGAAGCUGAUUGAGCUGCUACGACAACACGGCGCCAAGGAGAAUUUGAAGGGAAAAGAAAGCUUGAAAGCAAGGGAUAGCCCGAAGGCAGAGGAUAGUUCAAAAGCAAAGAGCAAACGCCGAAAGGCCUAA